AUGUGGAAGGCAAUCACAAGUGCGUUCAACGGUGAACAGGGUAGUCCAAACAAUGGCAACGGCCAAAACUACGAUUUUGAGCAGGUGAAAUCCUUCGUGGACUCGAAAGACAAGUCAAAAACAAUCAUCGAUGUAAGGGAAGCCGACGAGUACAAUGGUGGUCAUAUUCCAGGAGCUUUCAACAUGCCCUUCAGAAGCCAGCCAUUGGCGCUGCACCAGCCAGCGGGUGAAUUCGAGGAGGAUUUCGGGUUUCAAAAGCCCGACAAAAGCCAAGAGCUCGUUCUUCUGUGUGCUUCUGGCUUCAGGGCCGGCAAGGCCAGAGAAGAAGCUCUCAGAGCCAAUUAUGAGGCGGUCAGCGUGUAUCCAGGGUCGAUGAACGAUUGGAUCGCGAAGGGCGGGCCAACAGUCUGA